CGGGCAUACUGUCGUCUCCCAGAAUCCGUCCCUUUGAUACUGAAUCCCGUCGAAUCCAGGAUGAGAUGAUAGCAUCAUUCAGGUUUAAUACGGCUAAUAACACGGAGGCCAUCUCUUCUCACUGCUAGGAAGGCGUCUUCACAAGCUUUCGCUGGCGGCAGCCUCUCAGCCAAAUCAGUAAUGCAACGAAGGAAGACCCCGUCUAGGACGAACUCCCUCGCAUUCGCCAAGUCAGACUGCCAUACAUGCAAGACGAAACGCAGAAAAUGCGACAGGCAACGACCAGUUUGUUCAACUUGCCAGGAUCUAGGCGAUAAGUGUGAGGGUUUCCAGACUCGUCUUGUCUGGGAAGGUAGCGACUUGCCAUCGAGGCGUGGAGAUGACAGUAGGCGUAGGCAUGGCCUCGAAGCACGUGGAAGGGCUACUGAGAGCCCGAUGUCCCCAGCAAACGACGCUCGCGUCACAAAAACUGCCUCCACUGUGAAAGGGUCAGCUCGAGAGUUUGCAUUCGUGUCGAGUUGGCCGCCGAAGCCGAGGAAGAAGCAUAUGAGGAGGAAUCUGGACAUGGAUAGGCACGUACAGGAAGGUAUCUCUCCCGCAGCGACGACCACCGAUCAUAUCGAUAGGCGUGGCGCCUCUCGGAAAACAAUGCGCGGGGACCCGGAUUGGAAUGCGUCAAGGCCUGGCCACGGUGAGGUCGACCAGCCCACACCUUCGGUAAUUGACUCUUCGGCGAUGACUCCAGCUCUCCAUGAGACUGGAUUUUCGGAGCCCGACAGCUACGCUGGGUGGGAUGUCGAGGAUGCCGUUGAAGAGGUUUUGCCUCUGGCGUCUAGCAGUGCCUUGUACCACUGGAGUGUCGACGACGAGAUGCAUGAGGUGUUCACGCCUAGAUGGUCCCUUCUUGCCAACGAAACACACUCUCCAGCUGCCAUCACACUGUCCCUAAAUCCAGACCAACCACAGUCCUUAUAUUCGAUUGGCUUCAACUCCAUGACCUCGAUCCCACCUGCUGUACAAUAUUCUGGGACAGCGGACCAAUUUUCAAUUCUACUGGACAGAUACGAUCAGGAAUUUUGCACGUAUCCAAUCACAAGCGAUUUGGACAUCAACCCUUUCAGAUACCGUAGAGAGACCUCGAGAGGCUCAAAACAUCUGCUGCAUGCGAUCAUUGCACUGGCGUGCCAUCAUCGGAAAGAAUAUCGAAUUGAGAAGACACCACCCGCGGAGUUUUAUCAGCAUAAAAAUCAAGCUGUGACACUGUACAAAGCAGCGCUGCAGACGCCGGAAAUUCAAGCUCAGAGCUUAGGAGCCCUAGACACGCUGCUGGCGCUAUGGUGUAUAGAUACGGUGGAGUCAGCAUUGAAUUCAUGGAGAAAUCAUCUCACGAAUGCAUAUGCUCUGCUUGAAUUGGCGGGUGGCAUACUUGUUUGGUCGCUUUCCUUCAGGUCACAAACACAAGUCACGAUGCUUCUUUGGUGGGAUGCUGUGGUAGCUUUGCUAUCCCGUCGUGUCCCUGUGAUGCCGUUCGCAUACUUCGAAGCGGUUCUCCAGUGGGAGAGUUCUCAAUUCUGGACAUUUUUCGAUCUGAUCGGUUGUUCGCGUGAGUUGCUGGUUCCGUUGAUGCAAUUUGCACAUCUCGCGGGGCAAUCCGACAGCAAAGGUCACGCUCGUAAGGCUAUGCGGGCAAUUGUGGCCGAGAUUGAGACGAACUUGCACAGUUACCGUUCUCCAGUUGAUCAAACCUUGCUUGACGACGGGGGCGAAGAGUGUUUGCAACAGGCCAGAGACCGAUAUCAUUGCUGCGAGGCCAUUCGACACUCUUUGCUGAUAUAUGCCCUGAGAGUCUUCCCUGAGGACAAGACGGAUUCGGCACAGAGCAGGGCAAGGCUCCGCUAUUUGAGUCGGAUCAGCCUGGAUCAUGUGGCUUCGAUAAGAGCGUCAUCAGACACGUUGAAGCAGUUGCUGCUUCCAAUAUUCCUCGCUGGUGCUGAGACCAAUAUUGAGCGGCACAAGGACUUCAUACGGGAGUACUGUAAGCGCUGGUUUGAGGUCUUCGGGUAUCACAUGUUUCCGAGUGUGCUGGAAAUCCUAGAGGAGGUUUGGGCCAGUCAAGAAAUUCUCGGUGAGGUCCUAUGGUGGGGAGAUGUCAUUGACGCACGGCGGCAAGCGGGCGACGGAGAUGUCGACCUUGACUUCUGUUUCGGGUAGCAGGCCGUGCGCGGGUAGAAUGAACAGAGAUAUUUCA